AUGCAUCUGAAUCCAUGCUUGAUGCUGGAGACAGAGCAGCGAACACGCUUGGCAAGGGCACUUUACGACAACUGCCCUGACUGUUCCGACGAGCUGGCUUUCUGCAGGGGAGAUAUCCUCACCAUCCUACAGCAGAACGUGCCACAAAGCGACGGCUGGUGGAAGUGUUUGCUCCAUGGGAGGCAAGGCCUGGCUCCUGCCAACCGCCUCCAAGUCCUCACGGAUGCCCCGGCAGACAGGCCCUGUCCCCCUCUCCUGAGAGCCCCGGAAGAAGCACUCCCCAGCUCCCAGGAGACCUACCAGGUGCCCACCCUGCUCAGCCCCCCGCCUCCAAGCCCCAUGUAUGAGCAGAUGAAGAGCUGGGUAGAAGGGCCCCCGCCACCCACAGCCCAAGUCUACGAACUCCCCGCCUCCCCUGCCAGUGCCAGGAUCGUCUGUGAAAAGACUCUAAGCUUCUCGAAACAGGCCCUCCUCACGGCUCCCAGACCUGCACGGGCCUCCUCGCCAGCUCUGCCUGCCCAGCUAUAUGACGUGCCUACCCAGAGCCGGGGUCCCCCAGCCCUGCAGGAGCCAAAGAAGCAGCAGUUAUACGACAUACCCACCAGCGCCCAAAAGGCAGGAUGCAGUCCCCCCGCCGGCCAACAAAGUAGGCAGAGUGUUCCCGUGACAUCAACAGCGGCCUUGAGGAAGGCCUGCUACAACACCUUACCAAACCCUCAGAAAUCGGAAUGGCUUUACGACACUCCAGUGCCUCCAGAAAAAGCCGAUGGAAGAAACGCAUCUCUAACCAGCUUUGUGGGAAAAUCGGGACCCCAUACUCUCCCCACGUGUAUGUCCAGUUUCCACAGUCCUCCAAACACCAGAGCAAGGUCCCUCACUCCAGACCUGCAUAAAAACGUGUCCAUGCAGAAAAAACUCAGCGUUCCAGAAAUUCCUCCUCAUAGCUUUCUGGGACCCAGAGACACCUUCCCUUCGGACGAAAGUGUCGACUACGAGGUUCCUUCAAGUUUUCUGGUUCUCCGAGUGGAGCAGCAGAACACCAAGCCAAAUAUUUAUGACAUCCCGAAAGCUGCACCGACCGUCCCUCAGGCUGUGAAGGAGCUGGAGAAGGCUGACGGGUCUCCGGAGAACCCCGUGGACCAUAACAGCUCGUGGUUCCCCAGACAGGCCACGUGGCUCUCUCCGGAGCCAGACAGGUCGUCCGUCAACAGUUCUGACAGCAGGGCCAGCGGCGUGUCUUCAUGCUCCUCCGCAUCCACGGACUCUUCAUCCAGCUGCUUCUCGGAGGAGUCAGCAAAGGAGCCCUCCUUGGACCUGGACUCGGCCAAAGGGACGGUAAUGGCUCUCCAGCAAAAGGUGGCCAGCGCCGUCGCGGGCCUGAUGCUCUUUGUAAGUAGGAAGUGGAGGUUCAGAGACAACCUGGAGGCCAACAUCGACGCAAUCCACAGGGCCACCGACCACAUAGAAGAAUCUUUGAGAGAAUUCCUAGAUUUUGCCCGUGGAGUCUGUGGCACCGCCUGUAACCUCACCAACAGUAACCUUCAGGCCAGAAUCAGGGAGCAGCUACAGACAGUCUCCAACUCCUACCAGGUCCUGCUCGAAACCAAGGACAGCCUGGAUAGCUGCAGCUGGUCCCUGGAAGUCCUGGUGAUGGACGAAGUCCAAAGCAGCCCGGAUGACCUUGAGAGAUUUGUCAUGGUGGCGCGGAUGGUUCCAGAAGACAUCAAGAGGUUUGCCUCCAUGCUCAUUGCCAAUGCGAGGCUCCUCUUCAAGCAGAAUUGUGAAAAGGAAGAGACUGCGCAUUUGACCCCAAAUGCAGGAUUCAAGCUUGCAAAAUGCAUCCAGCUUCCCCAAAGGGAAGUGGAAUUCCCCCAAAGGAGUGCCCCUUCUAUUAAACAGAGGCAAAGCGAACUCUCCCCUGAACUCUUAAAGAAAAAUUGGACAAACGCCUGUGAACAGAAGUUGCCUAACCUAGAAGAGAAAGAAAAACCCUUCUUGAAACAAAGGUUGGAUGAAAACGAAGCCUUAGAAGCACAGGACCCCAGGUCUCCUCCCCGCCGGCCUUUGAGUCAGCAGGACCCCGAGAAGAAAAUCCACCUCUCGGAACACUGCCGGCUCUAUUUCGGGGCGCUCUUCAAAGCCAUCGGUGUCUUUCACAGCAGCCUCCGCCACGGCCAGCCCCCCGAGGUCUUCAUCACGCACAGCAAGCUGAUCAUCAUGGUGGGACAGAAGCUGGUGGACACGCUGUGCAAGGAGACGCAGGACAGGGACCUGCGCAACGAGAUCCUCUGCAGCAGCAACCACCUCUGCAGCCUGCUCAAGAACCUAGCCCUGGCCACCAAGCACGCCGUGCUCAAGUACCCGAGCCCCACAGCCCUGGGGCACCUCCAGGCCGAGGCGGAGAAGCUGGAGCAGCACACGCGGCAGUUCAGAGGGACGCUGGAGUGAGCUUCCCUCCCGUGCAACUCUGUCCCACGGGACAAGGCAGCCUGGGGGUACGCUAUGGGCGGAAGUAAUCAUGGUGCCCAAAGCAGGUGUUCUCAGUGUCUGGGCAACCCCAGCGCAUUGGCUUACCCCACGAGAGCCAGGGAAGAGAGGCAGCCAUUAAGUAAGGACCGUGUAUAAAGUGACGUGUGGAAACCGGUUUGUAGAUUGUUUAAAUGUGUGCCUGUUUUAAAUUCAUUCGUUCGGUAUUUAUUUAUUGGGCACCUACUAUAUGUCAGAUUCUAGGUGUUGGACAAAUAGCAGUAAAUUAAACAGAAGCCUUGCCUUAAGGGAGUUUACAUUCUAGUGGGGAGACACAAUAAAG